AUGAGCUUGUCAAAAUUGUCAAAGAAAUCUUUACAAUUAAUUAAAGGGUCAUCAGUUUUAGAAAAUAAUGGACGAAAUAAAAUUGGGAAUCUUCAGUUUGUAAGAUGUAUGAAUACAAAAUGUGUUCUUAAUAAAAAUAUAUGGAAUGGAAAAAAGAAGGAUGAAUAUAACUUGGAAUAUAAACGAUUAUUUAGUACAUGUGAAAAUUAUGAAUUUAAAGCAGAAACAAAAAAAUUACUACAAAUAGUUGCUCACUCUUUAUAUACAGAUAAAGAAGUUUUUAUAAGAGAACUUAUAAGCAAUUCCUCAGAUGCUAUUGAAAAGCUUCGAUUCACACAAACUGCAUCUAUAAAAGAUGUAGAUCCUAAUAAUAAAACAGAAGGAAAUAUCAUAGAGGAUAAAGAACAACCAUUUUAUAUUAAAAUUUCGACAAAUGAUAAAGAUAAGUUAUUUAUAAUUGAAGAUAAUGGAAUAGGUAUGAAUAAAACAGAAGUAAUAGAAAAUUUAGGAACUAUUGCAAAAAGUGGAUCCCAAAAUUUUAUUAAUGCUUUAAAAGAAAAAGGAGAAUCCAAUCAAAAUUCACAAACAACUGAUAUUAUUGGUCAAUUUGGUGUUGGGUUCUAUUCUACAUUUGUUGUUUCAGAUUCUGUAGAAGUAUUCACUAAAUCUCAUGAAGAGGGUUCGAUAGGUUAUCAUUGGAAAUCAGAUGGAAAUGGAAAAUUCACAAUAACUGAAGAUAAUAGUAUAAAAAGAGGGACGAAAAUAGUUUGCCAUCUCAAAGAAGCUUGUUCAGAAUUUUCGAAUAUAAAUAAGAUUCAGACUAUUGUAGAAAAGUUCUCUUCAUUUAUCAAUUUCCCCGUAUACAUCUUGAAUAAGAAGCAGGCGCCCCUCGAAUCUGCAAGUGCUGACAAUGCUGCAAGUGCUGACAAUGCUGUAAAUGGCGACAAUGUUGACAAUGCUGCCAACACUGCCAAUGCUGACAAUGCUGGCGAAUCUGAACAGGUUCAGGAAAUUCUAAUAAAUAGCCAAAAGCCGCUUUGGUGUAAAGAUGAAGUAUCAGAAGAGGAGCACAAAAAGUUUUUUAAUUUUUUAAACAAAAAUAAAAGUUAUAGUGAUGAAAAUAAAAGCUAUUUAUAUAAACUUAUGUACAAAACAGAUGCACCAAUGUCAAUAAAGAGUGUAUUUUAUAUUCCUGAAGAAGCACCAUCACGACUUUUUCAACAAAAUUAUGAUAUAGAUGUAUCAUUAUAUUGUAAAAAGGUUCUAGUAAAAAAAUGUGCUGAUAACAUUAUCCCUAAAUGGUUACAUUUCGUAAAGGGUAUAAUAGAUUGUGAAGAUAUGCCAUUAAAUAUAAGUCGUGAAUCAAUGCAAGAUACAGCAUUAAUGAAUAAAUUAUCUCGUAUUAUUGUUACUAAAAUUAUAAAAACAUUAGAAAAAGAAGCUAGUAUUAAUGAAGAUAAAUAUUUAAAAUUCUACAAAAAUUUUAGUUAUAACUUAAAAGAAGGAAUAUUAGAAGAUUCUACAAAAAACAUGUAUAAAAAUGUUAUGUUAAAUUUAUUAAGAUUCUAUUCUGUUAAUUUAAAAAAAUAUAUAUCUCUUAAUGAAUAUGUAAAGAAUUUUAAAAAUACACAAAAAAAUAUUUAUUAUUUUUCUGCAAAUGAUAUAAAUAUAGCUUUAUCAUCUCCAUAUAUGGAAUCUUUUAAAAAUAAACAAGUAGAUGUAUUAUUGUUAUUUGAAGAAAUAGACGAAUUUGUUCUUAUGAAUCUACAAUCUUAUAAUGAUUCAAAAUUUGUUUCUAUUGAUUCGUCUCAAAAAGAAGAUCUUGACGAAAUUAUCUUAAGCAAUGAAAAUAGUGAUGGUAAAAAUAGCGAUGGUAAAAAUGGUGAUGAUCAAAAUAGUGAUGGGAAAAAUAAUAUGAACAAAAUACCAUUUACACAAGAUCAGAAAAUUGAAUUAGAAAAAUAUAUCAAACAAGUAUUAGGACCAAAAUGUUCUGAUGUAAAAUUUUCUGAACGUUUAUCUUUAUCUCCUGCAGUAGUCACGGGCUUUCUUUCUCCAACAUUGCGUAGAGUCAUGAAAGCCACUAUGAAAAAUUCAGAUAUGAAUGAUAAUAUGUUACAAAAUUUACCUGCCACAUUAGAAAUAAACCCUACACACACUAUUAUUAUUUCUAUAUAUCAUUUAAAAAAUACAAACGAAGAAGUUGCAAAAUUGUUAGUUGAACAGUUAUAUGAUAAUGCAUGUAUAGCCGCUGGAAUUUUAGAAGAUCCUCGUUCUCUUUUAACAAAAUUAAAUGAAUUGCUUUUACUAACAGCUAGAUAUGCAUAUCAUUACGAAAAAAAAACAGAUGCACACUCAGAAUCGGUAGACAAAGCAGAUGCAUACCCAGAAUCGGUAGACAAAGCAGAUGCACACCCAGAAUCGGUAGACAAAGCAGAUGCACACUCAGAAUCGGUAAACAAAGCAGAAGCAAACAAUAUCAAUGACAGUGCAAGUGCCAACGCUGAAAAUGUUGAAGAACAUGAUGAUAGCACUCUAAAGGAGGCACAUAAAAUAUAA